UUUACAUUUUUUUCACUUUUUUUGAAAAAUUAAAGUAUGAAAACCUUAAAGAUCUGAAAACCAACACAAUAUUAUGUAUAAUCUGAUGAAUAAGCUGCAGUGAGCGAGAAAGAGUGAGGGAGAAAGUGAGUGAAAGAGAGGGAGCGAGCCCAAAUACUUGGUUGUCAUGUGUGAAAUUCCUCGUGGCGUGACACGGGUUCGAAAGUCGUGCGUGAAGUAGUAAAAUAGUGCCGUGUUCGGGGAUCUCGAGGGGCCGCACUUCUUCCGCUCCUGCCUUUGGGAGCUCUUCUCCUGGGCCGGAAUUCUUCGAAUUUACGUUUGCUCAAUGUCAAAUCGAGCGUUCGACUUUCUGAAAUAAUCACCGCGCAUUGAUCGGGUAUUUUGGCCGCAAUUGACCAUGCGAUUUGGGGAAUUUCCGGACGAAAGCACGGCGUAAACAAUCCGAUCGCCGGCGGCGGACGACGCUGUGGCCCCCACGCAUGCAGCCAGUGGCGCCGCGGGGGCCCGCUGCACAUUGUGGUGGUGCACAGUGGUUCUGGUUGCGAUCAGCCUGACGACGCUCCUCCGGCCGGGCUCAGUUUCAGCCUCAGCCCUCGCGGUGCCCAUGCCGGGAUCGGGGACUCCCCGUCCACCCAUCAAGCAGCAGGAUCAGCUCAUUGACAGAUUGAAUCGAUUCAAGCCGGGUGAGCAGCUGGUGAAGAGCGGUGCCAAGUGUCUGAAAUGCCAGACAAGCAAUGCCCUAACCAAUUCAAUAUCGAAUGCAACUGGAAGCGCCGCCGAAAGUGAUAGUGUAUAUAGAGGUAGUGCAAUUUUGUGCAGUGUAAAUAGUGCAAAUAAUACGCGUAAGUUAAAUUUAAUUCUGAGCAAGUCGCAGCAGCAGCAGCAGCAGCAGCAUCCGCGGCGAGGAGAGCCACUCGCUGUUGGCACAAAUUUGCAAAAUAAAUUACCAGCAUCGAGUGCGGAUUGCCACUUAAGUCCAAGUGCCGAGACAAAUAUUCGUGCAACCACAGAUCCACCGCCAUCGCCGCGCUAUCCCUUCUGUCCGCCGUGUCCAUAUAGUCAUCCUCGUCGUCAUCGGCAUCGUCAUAGCCAGCAUCAUCAUCAUCAUUAUCGCCAUCGUGGUUGUCGUUGUCGUUGUCGUUGUCGCGACGCGUCGCAGUCUGCAUCCGCAUCGCCCGCGUCUAUGCUCUUGCCAUAUCAAAUUAAUCAACGUGCUACAUUGUUGCAGCAAUCUGCAGCAGCAACAGCAACAUCAACUACACAUGUGCCCGGGGCUGCAACAACAGCGCUGCGUGCCUCGCCUCGUAUUUAUAAACGCAAACGUGAUACGGUCCAAACAGCGACCACUGCAUCACCUUUGACCCCGCUGCAACAACAUCCCACAGUCGCAGCAGCAACAUCGGCAACAUUCAACACAACAACGACGCGAAGAUCGCGACUCGAGUUCAUACUCUACACGGAAGUAUAUGAGGUAGAGGAGGAUUCGAUUUCCCCCGGCGAUUCCCAUUUGAAAUCAUCGGACGCGGGCAGCAUCGAGUCCUUCUGGCACAAAUACGGUGAGUAG